AUGCUGCAGGAGACGCCCACGGCGGCGACGACGGUGGCGUGGCGGGUGUGGUGGGCAGCCAGCGUCGACCUCGCUUUGCACGCCCGUGCCAAGGGGGACCGUCAAGCAGUGAGGCAGACGCUCAGCGUGAUCACGGACGACAUCGCCGUCGUCCUGGCCGCCAUGGGGCGGGGCCACGCCGCAUCGCAGGAGCACGACGGCCCCAAAGACGAACAGGAAGAGGAGGCAAUGCCCCUGAGUUCGGCAAGGACGCCGGCAUCUGUUUGUUCUCAAGGCACCAGCAGGAAGGGCUCCCUGCCGCCCCUGCCCCCGCCCCGCAUCCUGCCUCUGCUGAUGGCCACUCUGCACGCGCGCGACGUCGUGGCAACUCUCGUUCGCAACAACACAAGCACCUCCCGGAGCUUUACUUGGUUGGCUCAGCCCCGGUACACGUGGCAGCCCCAGCACGAGCUCCUCCAGCUGCGCGCCGCACAUCGUGCCCUCGACUACGGCUACGAGUACAGCGGCUGCGGCCCGGCAGACUACGUGCUGACGCCGCCCACGGAACGCUGCUUGCUGGCGCUCUUCACCGCCGUCGCCGCCCACUCACCACCCCUACUACUCGGCGGCGUCGACGGCGGCUGCGGGCGGCAGAGUCUGGUUUCGACGGCGUCUCACCUGGCCGGGAGACUCAUUACCUCAUUCACGCUCUCAUCGCUCACCUCAUCGGCGAGCCUCACGGCGCUCCUCACAGAUCUGAAGGAAGAUGAGGUUCAAAGCUGUUGA